GCAAGAGAGAACUAGCUUGCAGGGAUCAUGGGAAGAGCUCCAUGCUGUGACAAAGCUAACGUCAAGAGAGGACCUUGGUCCCCGGAAGAAGACGCCACCCUCAAACGCUACAUUGAGACCCAUGGCAUCGGCGGCAACUGGAUUGCUUUGCCUCAAAAAGCAGAGCCUAGAUCUGGGUUGCUUCUUGACGAAGAAAGACCUAGAUCUAUGGUUGCCUCGUCGCCGCCACCCUGUCGCUACAGUAAAGACUUGGAGACCUGGGUUUUCGGACACAGUGCAGGAUGAUCAACCUAAUCCGCUGGGGGUUUCAAGAGAUGUAGGCCCUCUGAUGUCCACCCAAACCAAGAUUCUUUGGUGUUGACCGCGAGAGCCCAGAUCUGGGUUGCUUCUUGACGGAGAAAGACCUAGAUCUAUGGUUGCCUCGCCGCCGCCACCCCUGUCGCUGCAGUAAAGACUUGGAGACCUG